AUGGCUGCCAAGAGGUCUCAUGAAAGCCCCACAGAGGUUCAAGAGGCCACUGUGUACUGGGAUGCUGCCCAGAAGAGUGUGAUUCUGAAUGAGGGGGUGUUGGAGAAAGAAGGGGGUGCCUAUGGCUAUUACAAUGACACUCUCCUCUUGACGGGCUGGGGGGUGCUGGAGAUUCGGGCAGGGUAUGGGGAGACUCCCGAGAGUGAUGAGACCACCUCCUUCUUGGCUGGGUAUCUGGAAGGGUUCCUCACCGCAGAGCAAAUGUUUAGCCACUAUGCCAACAUAUAUCCUCAGAUGAUUAAAGAUGAGAAGAUUCUGGACCCCUUGAAAGAUUUCAUGAUUAAACAGGACUACUGGACCAAAGAGCAGGUGAAGUUGAGGAGAAACAGUGACCCCUUGUGGCUGCAUGCAGGACUGAUCCUGGCUCAACUGGAUGGGCUACAGGCUGGAGCUGCAUACUGGGCCAAGAGCAGGCAGAGAGAGCCUCUGUCCAUGUUUGCGCUGCAGUUUCUGAAUGAAGUUGGAGACCUGCUGGACCUGAUUCCAGCACUGACGCCACGCUUCAACUCCUCCCGAGGCCCUGUGCCAGGAAUGGGCCACUGCUCAGCUCUCAUAAAGGUUCUGCCAGGCUUUGAGAACCUGCUGUUAGCCCACUCCAGCUGGUUCAACUACGCUUCCACCAUGCGUAUCUACAAACACUGGGACUUCAGGCUGGCCGACACACACACCGCCACGGGCAAGAUAUCCUUCAGCAGCUACCCUGGCUUCCUGACAUCUUUGGAUGACUUCUACCUGCUGGGCAGUGGGCUGCUGAUGACUCAGACCACCAACAGUGUCUUCAACACCUCUCUGUUCACCCUGAUCACCCCCCACAGCCUGCUGGCCUGGCAGAGGGUGCGGCUGGCACAUGCCCUGGCACGCACUGGGGAGCAGUGGGCUCACAUCUUCUCUAAGUACAACUCCGGAACCUAUAACAGCCAGUACAUGGUGCUGGAUCUGAGCAGGGUGUCGUUGGGGAGGAGUAUAAGGGAUGGGGCUCUGACUGUGGUAGAGCAGAUACCAGGACUGGUGCUACACUCUGACCAGACACAGGCCCUGCGACAGGGCUACUGGCCGUCCUACAACGUGCCCUUCCAUGCAGACAUCUACAACCUGAGUGGCUACGGGGUCAUGUGGAGGAAGCAUGGAGAGGACUUCUCCUAUGACCUCUGUCCCAGAGCCAAGAUCUUCCGCAGGGAUCAGGCCAGGGUUACAGACCUCGCCUCCCUCAAACACAUCAUGAGAUACAACAACUACAGGAAAGACCCUUACUCCAAGGGCCAUCCCUGUAAAACCAUCUGCUGUCGCAACGACCUGAGGCUGAAGAAACCACGUCCAGGAGGCUGCUAUGACACCAAGGUGACAGACUUCCACCUGGCCCGUCAGUUAGCAGGCGAGGCGGUGAACGGUCCCACCACUCAGGGGGGCCUGCUUCCGUUCUCCUGGAGCCACUUCAACAGCACAGCCCACAAGGGUCUGCCGCAGUCAUAUAACUUCAGCUUCAUCACCAUGAAGCCAACUCUGUCACUAUACCAACCCUGA